AUGACAUACUUCCGAAUAACCCUCAUCCGCUCCGCCAUAGGUCUGCCCCGCCGGACAACAGGCGUCCUCAUGGCUCUCGGACUGAAAAAGCGUAUGCAAACCGUCUUUUACCCCGUCACUCCCGAUGUGGCCGGCCAGAUUAUGAAGGUGAAAGAACUGGUAUCAGUGCGGGAGGUGGAGAAACCAUUGACGAAGCUGGAGGUGCAUUUGGAGCGGAAGCCGGACCCGGGGUAUUAUGUUGAGAAGAGGGCGGAGGAGGAGUUUAGGGAGAAGAGGGAGGCGUGA